AAAUCUUCAUUUUCCAAAUUUAUCGCUAAGGAAGUAAUGACAACUGCGACUCAUCUUUUCCACUCUCUCCCGCCAAUUGCUUCCCUCCCGACCGCUACGGUCCCGGCGGCCAAUACCAGUGCCGGCAUACGAAACCAAACGACGCUGUUGCAUGUAGCGUGCGCUUUGAGGAGGAGCCAAAAUGACGAUUACCACGCCACCCUCAAAGCUCUCAACUCAAAGGGCCGCUUCCCGCGAAAAUCCCUCGGCCAGCAUUACAUGUUGAAUUCUGAAAUUAACGAGCAACUGGUACGGGCGGCCAAUGUAGAAGAAGGUGACUUGGUGUUAGAAAUUGGACCGGGAACUGGUUCUUUAACCAAUGUCCUCAUAAAGUCCGGUGCCACAGUUCUCGCCAUUGAAAAGGAUCUUCAUAUGGUGGCUCUUGUAAGAGAAAGAUUUGAAAGCACGGACAGGUUCAAGGUAUUACAAGAGGAUUUUGUCAAAUGUCACAUUCGUUCUCAUAUUUCUCCAAUGUUGGAAAGUAGAAUAGCUCUGAAUGCGAGCUUAAUUCGUUCCAAAGUAGUUUCUAAUCUACCCCUUAACAUAAGUACGGAUGUAAUUAAACUACUUCUUCCUAUGGGUGAUCUUUUUUCUGAAGUUGUUCUCUUGCUCCAGGAGGAAACAGCUGUACGAUUGGUGGAGUCGUCUUUGCCGACGCCUGAGUACCGACCUAUCAACAUCUUUGUAAAUUUUUAUUCUGAGCCUGAAUACAACUUUAGAGUCCCAAGAACAAGUUUCUUUCCUCAACCUAAUGUUGAUGCAGCUGUAAUUACAUUUAAGCUGAAGCAAGCUCCAAACUACCCUUCUGUGGCCUCCACGAAAAGCUUUUUCUCCAUGGUGAAUUCUGCAUUCAAUGGAAAGCGUAAGAUGUUGAGGAAAUCACUCCAGCACAUAUGCCCAUCCAGUGAGAUAGAAAGGGCUCUUGGAGAUGCCAGCCUUCCAACAACUUCAAGACCUGAGGAGCUCACCUUAGAUGAUUUUGUGAAGUUGCAUAAUAUGAUUGCGAGAGUCUAGUUCUGCGCGGUUCUCAAGUGUUUAGAGGUUGCAAAUGGCCCUCAUUUCCUUUCUAAGAAGAGCUAGGUUUUGCAAAACCAUUUGCCAUGGACACAAAGUGCAGUCUGUUACACCAUAUGGUUCAACUUGAAGAAAAAUGCAAUCUAACAGGAACUCAUCAAUGGAGGACAGUGCCAUAGAAUUCACUUUGAUAUCUACAGUCCACCUCAAAAGCAGCAGCACCGAGCACUAGCAGAUGGUAUCUCCAGGGUACUGAAGGUUACGACUUUGUCAUGUAUCUUUUUCCAAGAAUUGUUAAAACAUCUCACCCCAUAUUCAUUUAUCAUAGCACCAUUAACACAACAAUGUAGAUUUCCCCAGAUUUACCUGUAUACUUUAAUAUAAAGUGUACAGAGAACAUGUGCUUUGGAAGGGGAGGUUGUAUUCUCUGCAGCUUUAUAUUCUUAUAUUAUCAAGCUAAGCAC